GAGGCAGGAAAAUCGCUUGAACCUGGGAGGUGGAGCAGCCUGGUGACUAAUUACAAACUAGUGAUUUGUAUUUCACUAAUUAUCUUUUCUGUUAUCCAGAGUCUCUGAAAUGCUAUUAAUAAUAUGUAUUUUUACUAUUAUAUAAAAGUUAAUCUUCAAAAAUCACAAUAACUUAUCACUUUACAUGUACUAGAAUGGCCAUUUUUAAAAGGCCCGUAAUAACAAUUAUAGGUGAGGAUAUGGAGAAGCUGGCCCCCUCCUACACUGCUGGUGGGAAUGGAGAUUGGCGCUUUGGUAUAUGUGCUGCCGAAGCGAGCAUGGAAAUUGGCGCUUUGGAAAACAGUCUGGCAGUUCCUUGAAGGGUAAACAUAGAGUUACCAUAUGACCCAGCAACUCCACUCCUAAGUAUGUACCCAAGAGAAGGAAAUAAUCUGUCCACAUGGAAAUUCGUACCUGAAUAUUCACCGUAUCAUUUUUCAUAACAGCCCCAAAGUGGAACUCACCCAAAUGUCUAUCGUCUGCUGAAUGGACAGAGAAUAUGUGAUGUCUCCAUAUGGUGGAAUAUUAUUCAGCCAUGAAAGCAAAGGAGAGUAAAAAAGAUACAGUAAAGACAUAAAUACCACAUUUGACAAAUGGAAAAGAAGGAGUGUCCAGAAAAGAGUAGCAGCAGUGAGGAAGAGCUGCUGAGACGGGACAGUGGAUCCAGUAGGAACAUAGAUGCAUCCAAACUCAUUAGACUACAAGGACCACGGAAACUGUUGGUUGACGAUAGCAUACGGGAACUGCAAUACACAAAAACUGGAAUUUUUCUUCAGGCUGAGGCCUGUGUGACAAAUGAUACGGUAUACAGGGAGCUACCCCGUGUUUCUGAGAUCCGUUGUGACAUCUCACAUUUUUUCCAAGAAGAUGAUGAGACAGAGGCAGAGCCAUUAUUGUUCCGUGCUGUUCCUGAGUGUCAACUAUCUGGGAGGGACAUUCCCAGCGUAUCAGAAGAGCAGGAAUCUUCAGAGGGACAAGAUUCAGGAGACAUUUGCUCAGAAGAGAAUCAAAUAGUUUCCUCUUAUGCUUCUAAAGUCUGUUUUGAGAUCGAACAAGAUUAUAAAAAUCGUCAGUUUCUGGGGCCUGAAGGAAAUGUGGAUGUUGAGUUGAUUGAUAAGAGCACAAACACAUACAGCGUUUGGUUCCCCACUGCUGGCUGGUAUCUGUGGCCAGCCACAGGCCUCGGCUUCCUGGUAAGGGAUGCGGUCACAGUGACGAUUGCGUUUGGUUCCUGGAAUCAGCACCUGGCCCUGGACCUGCAGCACCAUGAACAGUGGCUGGUGGGCGGCCCCUUGUUUGAUGUCACUGCAGAGCCAGAGGAGGCUGUCGCCGAAAUCCACCUCCCCCACUUCAUCUCCCUCCAAGCAGGUGAGGUGGACGUCUCCUGGUUCCUCGUUGCCCAUUUUAAGGAUGAAGGGAUGGUCCUGGAGCAUCCAGCCCGGGUGGAGCCUUUCUAUGCCGUCCUGGAAAACCCCAGCUUCUCUCUGAUGGGCAUCCUGCUGCGGAUCGCCAGUGGGACUCGCCUCUCCAUCCCCAUCACUUCCAACACAUUGAUCUAUUAUCACCCCCACCCCGAAGAUAUUAAGUUCCACUUGUACCUUGUCCCCAGCGACGCCUUGCUAACGAAGAUGAUAGAUGAUGAGGAAGAUCGCUUCUGUGGUGUGCGUCUACAGACUUCACCCCCAGUGGAACCCCUGAACUUUGGUGCCCGUUAUAUUGUGUCUAAUUCUGCUCAUCUGGAAAUAAUACCCACGGAGUUGAAAUUGUCCUACAGGAGCCCUGGAGAAAUCCAGCACUUCUCAAAAUUCUAUGCUGGGCAGAUGAAAGAACCCAUUCAACUUGAAAUUACUGAAAAAAGACAUGAGACUUUGGUCUGGAAGACUGUGGUGAAGCCAGUGGAUAUCCAGCUUGGAGCUGCAUCAGCCCCUCCUGCCUUCUCAGGUGCAGCCUUUGUGAAGGAGAACCACCGUCAACUCCAAGCCAGGAUGGGGGACCUGAAAGGGGUGCUCGAUGAUCUCCAAGACAAUGAGGUUCUCACUGAGAAUGAGAAGGAGCUGGUGGAGCAGGCAAAGACACGGCAGAGUAAGAACGACACCCUGCUGACUAUGGUGGAGAAGAAAGGGGACCGGGCCCUGGAGCUGCUCUUCAGAAGCAUUAGUGAAAGGGACCCUUACCUCAUGUCCUAUCUUAGACAGCAGAAUUUGUAAAGUGAGUCAGUCAGAGAGUGUGGAAGAGAGAAUCCAGCAUUCUCAUUGGAAAUGAAUGAAUAGAAAUGCAUCCUUGAUUCCAGUGUCCAAAACAGAGAGGGGCUGGGUAACAUUUGCCCAUCACACAGGCUUCGGGGACAGAUACGUAACCUGGAAGAUACCCAUUGGCUGUAUCCCCAUGCCUUUCCCUCAAGAAUAUCUGAAGAAAAUAACAAUAGUGCUUUUAAUUUUUUUCUAACCAUGGCUCAAUUUGUGACUAUUCCGUCCAUUGACACAUUUCCUGAAGACCCGGGGUGAAGAAAGUCAAGGCAGUUGUGUUUAUGUAUGACAGGCUCUAGAAAGAAAAAUUCUCCUGAUUAACAUGAAAACUAGCUUUUAUGGACACUCUUUGAAGUCUCACCAUUCCACCACAAAAUGCAGGAAAGCUAACAAAGUCUCUCAGUUGAAGAUAUCCAAGGUAUUUAUUGAUGGUAUUGGUUUUAUAUAUGUUGUCCCUUUAACAUUUUGUCUAUUGCUGUUAUUACUAGAAUAAUGUAAGUACAUUAUUCUACAAGUACUCAGGAGGCGGACGUUCCAGUGAGCCCAGUUCGCACCACUGCGCUCCAGCCUGGCGACAGAGCGAGAUGUCAUCUCAAAAAAAAAAAAAAAAAAGAAAAGAAAAAGGAAAAGAAAGAAAAACCCUUGGGAAAUUACUAUGUAUCUUGUACUUUUUUUUUUUCGAGUUCACAACUUCCUUUAAUAUGUGUUAUUCUUUUUUUUAUUAUCAUACUUUAAGUCCUAGGGUACAUGUGCACAACAUGCAGGUUUGUUACAUAGGGAUACAUGUGCCAUGUUGGUUUGCUGCACCCAUCAACUCAUCAUUUACAUUAGGUAUUUCUCCUAGUGCUAUCCCUCCCCCGCCCCCUACCCCACGACAGGCCCCAGUGUGCAAUGUUCCCCCUGCCCCCAGUGUCCAAGUGUUCUCAUUGUUCAAUUUCCACCUAUGAGUAAGAACAUGCAGUGUUUGGUUUUCUGUCCUUGCGAUAGUUUGCUGAGAAUUAUGGUUUCCAGUUUUAUCUAUGUCCCUGCAAAGGACAUGAGCUCAUCCUUUUUUAUGGCUGCAUAGUAUUCCAUGGUGUAUAUGUGCCACAUUUUGUUAAUCCAGUCUAUCACUGAUGGACAUUUGGGUUGGUUCCAAGUCUUUGCUAUUGUGAAUAGUGCCACAAUAAACAUACGUGUGCAUGUAUUUUUAUAGUAGCAUGAUUUAUAAUCCUUUGGGUAUAUACCCAGUAAUGCGAUUGCUGGGUCAAAUUGUAUUUCUAGCUCUAGAUCCUUGAGGAAUCGCCACAUUGUCUUCCACAAUGGUUGAACUAAUUUACACUUCCAGCAACAGUGUAAAAGCAUUCCUAUUUCUCCACAUCCUCUCCCGCAUCUGUUGUUUACUGACUUUUUAAUGAUCACCAUUCUAACUGGCAUGAGAUGGUAUCUCAUUGUGGUUUUGAUUUGCAUUUCUCUGAUGACCAGUGAUGAGCAUUUUUUCAUGCGUCUGUUGGCUGCAUAAAUGUCUUCCUUUGAGAAGUGUCUGUUCAUAUCUUUUGCCCACUUUUUGAAGAGGUUGUUUGUUUUUUUCUUGUAAAUUUGUUUAAGUUCUUUGUAGAUUCUGGAUAUUCGCCCUUUGUCAGAUGGGCAGAUUGCAAAAAUUUUAGAAUUGUUGUUCCUAAUUUUGUGAAAAAUGACAGUGGUAGUUUGAUAGUAAAACCAUGUAAUUUGUAGAUUGUUCUGGGCAAUGUGGUCAUUUUAGUGAUAUUGAUUCUUGCAAUCCAUGAGCAUGGAAUGUUUUCUAGAUUGUUUGUGUCACAUAUGAUAUUUUCCACCAGUCUUUUAUAGUUCUUCUUGUAGAGAACUUUUCUUGGUUAAAUGUAUUUCUAGGUAUUUUGCAUGUGUGUGUGUGUGUGUGUGUGUGUGUGUGUGUGUUUGGCUAUUGAUUUGAUCCUCAGCUUGAACAUUAUUGAUAUACAGACAUGCUACUGAUUUUUGUAUGUUGAUUUUGUAUCGAAAACUCUACUGAAGUCAUUUUCAGGUCUAGGACUCUUUUGGAGGAAUCUUUAGAGUUAUCUAGGUAUAAGAUUAUGUUGUUAUUCAACAUAAAUCAUUUUAAUUCUCCUUUUCUUGUUGCAUACCCUUUAUUUCUCUCUCUUGCCUGAUUACUCGGGCUAGGACUUCCAAUAUAGUGCUGAAUAGGAGUGGUGAGAGUGUACAUCCUUUUCUUGUUCCAGUUAUUGGAAAAUGGUUUCAGUUUUUCUUCAUUCAGUAUGAUGUUGAUGGUGGGUUUUCUUUUUUCCUUUGUUUUGUUUUUGAGACGGAGUCCUACUCUGUCACCCAGGCUGGAGUGCAGUGGUGCAAUCUCAGCUCACUGCAACGUCUGCCUCCCAGGUUCAAGCAAUUAUACUGCCUCAGGCUCCUGAGUAGCUGGAAUUACAGGCGCGCACCACCACACUUGGCUGAUUUUCGUAUUUUUAGUAGAGAUGGGAUUUCACCAUGUUGGCCAGGCUGGUCUCAAACUCCCCACCUCAAGCGAUCUGCCCUCCUUGGCCUUGUAUCUGUGUUCAUCAGUAAUGCUGGCCUGUAGUUUUUUUUCAUGUGUUCUUGUCAGAUUUUGGUAGUGGGGUGACACUGAUUUCAUAGUAAUAGUUGAGGAAUUCUUCCUCAAUUUUUUGGAACAGUUUCAGUAAGAUUGGUAUCAGCUUUCUUUGUACAUUGGCAAAAUUUGGCCAUGAAUCUGUCUGGUCCAGUGCUUUUUUUGAUUGGUAGUUGUUUUUUUUUUUUUAUUACUG